UUCUCGAUCUCAAAUCUGCACUUCACUUCAGUUCUCUCUUGCUUUCAUCCAUUCAGUUUUGUGUUUCUUCUUGGUCAACAUGGCACGACUUGUGUUGCUGCUUGUUGCUGUCGCGGUUGCGCCUAGCUUCGGUCUGGACAAUGGCCUCGGCCGUCGUCCUCAGAUGGGAUGGAAUUCAUGGAACAAAUUCCACUGCAACAUCAGCUCACAGCUGAUCCGCAAGACGGCCGACUUGCUAGUGUCGACUGGAUUGUCCAAAGUCGGCUACACGUACGUGAAUCUAGAUGACUGCUGGGCCACGAGCCGUGAUAAGCUGGGGCGCAUCCACGAAGAUCCCAAGGCUUUCCCGGAGGGCAUGGGUCAUCUUGGAGAGUACAUCCACAACCAGGGAUUGAAAUUUGGCAUCUACAGUGAUGCUGGCGAUCUGACCUGUGCAGGUCGCCCUGGCUCUCUGGAACAUGAGAACAGCGAUGCUCAGUCGUAUGCAGACUGGAAGGUGGACUACCUGAAGUAUGACAACUGUCAUGCAGGUGACAUCGAUGUUAGAGAACGUUACCCCAUCAUGCGCGAUGCUCUGAACAGAACCGGUCGUAAGAUUUUCUUCUCCAUGUGCGAGUGGGGCAAGGAGGCACCAUGGCUCUGGGCAGGCCCAGUUGGCAAUAGCUGGCGUACUACUGGUGACAUUGACCCAUCCUGGGAGCGCACCAUGUAUUGUCUCGACCUGAACGAGCCACUGUACCCGUACGCCGGACCUGGAAAGUGGAACGACCCAGACAUGCUCGAGGUUGGUAAUGGUCUGACUAACGUUGAAGGGCAGUCCCAUUUCAGUCUGUGGGCAUUGAUGAAGGCACCGCUGCUGAUCGGCUGUGACAUCUCCAAGAUGUCCGCUGCCACCAAAGCCACUCUCAUGAACGAGGAGGUUAUUGCUGUCAACCAGGAUCCACUCGGAGUGCAGGGUCACCGAACGUCCAGGGCAAACCCGAACGGAGCAGAGCUGUGGCAGGGCCCCUUGGCUGAUGGAUCCAUUAUUGCCAUUCUGUUCAAUCGCAACGACGACCUGCCCGCCAACAUCACCGUUUCUUUCGCUUUCCAAGGCACCGCGAUCGACAUGGAGAUCCGGGACUUGUGGCUGCACAAGGACCUCGGACAGUUCAGCGAGUUCAGCCCUAUCGUCCCGCCCCACGGUGUGCGUAUGCUGAAGGUGAAACCUGCCGGUGGCAAGAAAACCCCGUCCGGUGCGGAGCUGUUGAAUGCCACCACGCUCACAUCAUACUACUUCAUCUUCCCGUCCAUAAAGACCAAGGUGCAGACGGUAGUAUAAAGUGGUGAGUGUUCUGCUGUUAUGCAUAUGCUUUCAUGCCCUUUUGAGCUGAUUCAUUUAUUUCUUCUGCAUUUCCACCUUGUUCAUAUAUGAAGCUAGAGGGCAUUUGUGACAUCUGGCCUCUCAUUAUGAUCCCAUUUCUGACAUAGCUGACAGGUCUCUUUAUGCUGCCGUUUCUGACAUGCUGACAUGUGUUGAUUACACAGUGCUACACCUGAUGCUUUUACCAUUUUUCCAAACCUUUUUGUUUUUUAUAAAUAGCAGUGCAGUAGUGUACAUAAAGAAGGCCUUAGAUUCUUUAGGCACCGCAACUGUUUGCUUCUUUUUUUCUGUUGCUUUUUUGCACGUGACUUUCGUGUGUUUCUUAUUUAUAAGUGUACAGUGGACCAGUGAAGUAAUGAUAUCAUCAUGUGAUCGUUUGGUCAGAUCCAGAUCCAUUGGAUCAAUAAUA